UGCUGAGGAGGAGCUGUUGGCUGUUCGCUAUUGCUGCGGAGGGGGAGGGGCCGUGGCUGCUUGCAGCCGCUGCUCUGUGGAGCUCCGCUCUUGGUCCCGCCUGCCGCCUAGGAAACACCGUGGCGCCGAGCAGGGCCUAGUGCCGGGGGCCCGGGCAACGGGCCGGACAGGUUUCCCCAUGUCCGUGACGUGUUGGCCGAGGCUCUGCGGCUGCUCCCCGCCCUUGGAGCUGCUAGUCGCUACCCUUUGGACUCCGUGAUCCCUGACGAACGUCAUGAGCAUUGCAAUCCCUCUGGGAGUCACCACACCAGAUACAUCUUAUUCAGAUAUGGCUGCUGGAUCUGACCCAGAGUCUGUGGAAGCUAGCCCAGCUGUUGGUGAAAAGAAUGUGUACUCGAGUCACAGCUACGGGGCCUCCCAGAGGCACAGCUACCGAGGGCUGCCUUAUGCAGAUCAUAAUUAUGGAGCCCCUCCUCCUCCGACCCCUCCUGCUUCUCCCCCUGUCCAGACCAUCAUCCCUCGUGCAGAACUGAAUGGCCUACACUCGCAUGAUGAUGAGAAUUCUGGGGAUACAGAGAGCUCUUCAGAGGCAGAAUCCAUCCCCAGUUGGUGUCACUGCAGUCUCUCCCAGGAUGGCUUCCUCAUCAAAUGUGAAAAGUGCAGGGGAAUUGGAAGGGGGAAAGUGAUCAGACUUCGUCGCCGGAAGCAAGAUAACGUGUCAGGUGGAGACAGCAGUGCAACCGAGAGCUGGGACGAGGAGCUGUCUCCAUCCACAGUGUUGUACACAGCUACGCAGCACACCCCCACAAGCAUCACUCUGACAGUCAAUCGGGUCUGCAGAACUAAACCCAAGAAGAGAAAAAGGAAUACGGACAGAGCACGUACUGCACCAAAGGCCAAAAAAAUCAAGGCUUUUAGAGAAGGUUCACGGAAGUCUUUACGGAUGAAGAACUCUCCUUCAGAAGCCCAUGCCCUAGAUGAGAAUACAGCAGAAGGCUGGGAGAACCGCAUAAGGCUCUGGACAGAUCAGUACGAAGAAGCCUUUACUAACCAAUACAGUGCUGAUGUGCAGAACCUCCUAGAACGCCAUCUGAAUGCUAACAAAGAAUUUGUGGGCAAGGCUGCUGUAUUGGAUACUAUCAAUAAGACAGAACUUUCCUGUAACAACACAGUCAUUGGAUCCCAGAUGCAGCUGCAGCUGGGGAGAGUGACACGAGUUCAGAAGCACCGGAAGAUUCUGAGAGCAGCCAGAGAUCUGGCUUCAGACACGCUUAUAAUUGAGUAUCGUGGGAAAGUGAUGCUGCGACAGCAAUUCGAGGUCAAUGGGCAUUUCUUCAAAAAGCCAUAUCCCUUUGUGCUAUUUUACUCCAAGUUCAAUAGCGUUGAGAUGUGUGUAGAUGCUCGCACUUUUGGUAAUGAUGCCAGAUUCAUCAGGCGCUCCUGUACACCAAAUGCAGAGGUUCGUCACGUGAUUGCUGAUGGGAUGAUUCACCUAUGUAUAUAUGCUGUUACAUCUAUUGCCAAGGAUGCAGAGGUCACAAUUGCCUUUGACUAUGAGUACAACAUCUGCAACUAUAAAGUGGAUUGUGCCUGUCACAAGGGAAACCGGAAUUGCCCUGUACAAAAACGAAGCUCAAACACUAUAGACCAGCUACCUCCACCUAUUCUAGACACUCUGAUUGGAGCAGAGACUAGGCGUCGGAAAGCCCGUCGGAAGGAGCUGGAACAGCGUGGUGCUGCAUCAGAUGAGAAUAGUAAUCCACAAGCAGAGGAAGUCCCUGAGGGCCUUGCUGCAGCCAGUGACAAUGAGGUUGCAGACAAAGAAGAGAAGCAAGAAGAAGAGAAAGAGGCAACUCUGGAUGAGCAGGGAGGCCUCAUACAGAGCAGACGGUCUCGAGAAGAUAGAAAAGUAGAAGCCAUCAUGCAUGUAUUUGAAAACCUGGAAAAACGCAAACGGAGAAAAGAUCUGCCUUCAGACCGGAGCAGCACGGAUGUAGAAGUGGUGGUGACUGCUGAGACGCCAGAACCGGAGGAAGUAAAAUCUGAGCCAAAUGAAACUGAAGAGAGCAGUGUGGCUUUAAACACGUCUGUCCCAAGUACUCCUCCCUGUGCCAGCACUGGAGUGAAUACACGGAGGUCUUCACAGGCUGGGGAGACCGCUGCAGAGAAACCAGUCUCUAAACCAGCACCAUCAAAACCAACUAGGCCGCGUCCCAAAAGCCGGUUUUCCCGGUACCGGAGCAGUUCAGCACAGCGACUGAGAAGGCAAAAGCAAGCCAUUGCCCAGCAAUCUGAGUUAACUCAGGCUGCUCCUGAGGAAAAGAAUAGUGUGAGCACAGUAACAGCGGCAGAAGUCAGCAGCAUAGAGGGCCCGGGAGAAGGGAAACAGUUGACUGGUUCUGACCCAGCUGUGGCUCCAGUUGCGGGAUCCCAGACCAACCGGGCCACAGUCAAGUAUCCCAAAACAAAGAAGUAUCUAGUUACAGAGUGGCUGAACGAUAAAGCAGAGAAGCAGGAAUGCCCCAUUGAGUGUCCUUUACGCAUCACCACUGACCCAACUGUACUGGCUACCACCCUCAAUAUGUUGCCGGGCCUUGUCCAUUCCCCGCUCAUUUGUACAAUGCCUAAACACUACAUCCGCUUUGGCUCUCCCUUCAUACCAGAAAGGCGGCGACGACCAGUUCAGCUAGAUGGGAACUACAGCUCCUGUAAAAAGCGUUGGAUGAAGCAAGCUCUGGAAGAAGGAAUGACUCAGACCUCAGCCACUUCCCAGGAGAACAGAGCCCAGUGUCUAUACCAAAGCAACGAGAGCAGCAGCACUUCUGGCAUCUGCAAAGAGAACGCAGACUUAUUGAGCCCAUUGAAGAAGUGGAAGUCUCGCUACCUGAUGGAGCAGAGUGUGACCAAGUUACUGAGGCCACUGUCUCCAGUCACUCCCCCACCUCCUGUCCCCUCCUCAAUUCUGGACUCGCUGAGCCCACAGCUCACCACGUCCUCCUCAUCUAUGCCAGGCGAAGAGGAAUGUCGCAGUGGCUGUGGCGUGAUCUUCUCACCAAUUCCUUCCUUAUCUGCUAGUCGUUGCAAUACUCCACUACAGUUUGAGAACGUAUCCUCCCCUGAGAGUUCCCCUGCGCAUAGGCCCGAGUCCCUGUCGCCCGAGCUCUGUCUCAGGUCGGAUCUUGACCUGCCCAAGCCAGGAUACCUGGAGGUCAGCACCAACAGCUGCUUGGAAAGAUCGUCGCUGCUUGCUUUGGGGCAUUCAGAUCCAGCCUCCCAGCCUUCAGAGACCAGCUUCCCUGGAAAGAGCGGGGAAGCCCAGACGCUGCUACGAAGCUCUGACCAGGCUUUUCGGACAGAAUUUAACUUAAUGUAUGCCUUCUCCCCUUUGAAUGCUAUGCCUCGGGCGGAUGGAUUGUUAAGAGAAUCUCCCCAGAUGGCUGAUGGAAAGCCUCUCAAUCCAGAGAGGGGUUGCUGCAGUUCUCCUGCGGAGGGCUACUUUGGCAGACACGAGCAGGCACUUCUCAAAGAGGCAGCACAUGGAUCCAUGGCUCUCUGUGGUGAGAGAGCUUGUGAAGGAGUUAAAUCCUCCCCCCAGAACCCACCACAGAGGAAAAAGGUUUCUCUGCUGGAGUACCGCAAACGAAAGCAGGAAGCUAAGGAAGGAGGGGAUUCUGGUCGAUGCACAGGGACACCAACUCGACCGGGUAGCAGCUGCUCUGGAGCUGAUGUGGAUGCUGCUGUUGUGCAAGGCUCAGGAAGCCGAGCCCUGUCCUCCCCACAACAUGGCUUCUCCCCCUCUCAUUCCUCCCUGUCUCAUCUAGAGGAUGUCAGCCCACCAGAACCAAGGGGGACCACACACUGCAAAUCCCAGGAGAGCAUCAGCAGUCGAUGGAUGGUGCCCACUUCAGUGGAGCGGCUUCGUGAAGGCCGUGGCAUUCUGGAAAAGGUUUUACGUAGCAGCGCUAAGAUAUGUCAGAGAGGAGAGCCCUCGCCCACUCGUGAAAGCUUAGGGGAGAGAGAAACAGAUGCAGUGGAAGGAGACACAACCGACUCCCUCAGCUCUGCCCUCAAGGGACCAGCUGUUUACAGUCCUUCUCGGUAUAGCUACCAGCUCUUGCAAUCUGAUAGUCCACGAGCAGAGUCUCAGGCUGUCCUUCAGAGUUCCUCCCCCUACCGAGGACAUCCCAUUGCAUCACCCGGGUACAGUUACCGGUCUCAGUCGCAGAGGACAGGACACCUUCCCCCUCACAGUUCCUCGGAAUCCUCCGUUUCCUCCACCCCUUCAGCCUCCACGGACUCCUCAGCUCUGUUUACAGGGAAUUCUGGGUAUUAUAGCAACCAGCAGCACUCUAGCAGUGGUGUCCUAAAGAAGAGUUGUCCAGCAGUAGCUGCUCCCAAUCCUGCCCAGACAGCUGCAGACUGUUUGCCCCCUUCCGAAACAGGGUCUCACCCCUGUGUGGGAACUGCCAGCUGCACUUCGUCAUCUAGGCCCCUGCAGUCGGACUUGCGGACUAUCAACCCUCCCAGCUCUGGGCAAACUGCUCUCUAUCAGAGCUCCAGAGCAGCAGCACUUUCCAACUCACAGCACUACUCACACCGAGGGGGAGGCGGCAGUAUCCAUCAAUACAGACUGCAGCAACUUCCAGGGUCAGGUGUGAAGACUCAGACGGGACUUUCUUAGGGCAGGACAGAAAUGAGCCCACCAUUCCUUCCAGCAGCAGCUUGUGGGGGAGCAGUGCUGGAAUGGCAAAGGGCCAGGUGCUGGGGGCUCUGGGGGGGGGAGGGAGUGCAAGCAAGAGAAAGGACUGCGAGCCAGCCCUGGAAGGAGAUGAUGGUAGCGGUGGUGGCAGCAGAGCCUGUAGCAAAGGAGCAUCUCCCUGAUGUCUGGGUACGUUGUAGAAAGCAAAUGGUGCUGAGUGGCAUGGCCUCUUCCUCCUGCCUGUGUCCAUAGCUGUAGUCAUCUGGGCAGCAGGUAGGAAAGCUUGAAUAUGAAACCAGUGCAAAUCAGAAGAAAAUAGGGGAAGGGGAAAUGGGGGGAGGGGGGCAUUCAUCUAAAUCCCAAAGUGCUCUCUGCAGGGUUGGGUUCCCAGAAUAUUCUGGGGCGGGGAGGGGGGAGGGUUGUAGUUCAUUCUGAUCAUUCCAGUUGCAAGCAAGAGUAUUCAUAGGGUCUGAGCAAAGAGCUGUGGGGUGGGCCCAGUAGCACUCUUGUGUGUCUCUGUGGAGAAAAAUGUUUUAGGGCAAGGCUGCGCACACAGAUGUGGCAACAAAAUCACUAUGAGAAUGGCAAGAGUGUGCUCCAUGGAGCUGCAAAGGCCUGGGGCAGUCAUUAUCCAUUAUAUGGCCCGUGUGGGUGUAGUGUUGAAGCAGGCAGUGCUGGGGUGGUGGGAGCACGGUGGCUUGCUUGUUCACAUUAGUGUGUAAAAGGUGAUAUGAAAAGGGCCCCGUCUGGUGGCACUGCUGCUGUUACCGAAAGCAUCCUCAAGUGUAUAAGACAGCCCUGCUAUCCCCCCCCCCUGAGGUCCAGAAUGGUGCCAGGCCCCCUGGAUGCUCUAUCAGUCUAAUUCCAUACAGUUGCCAGCUUUUCUCACUUGUUUACUGUACUAUCAAGCGUGUGUUUUUAUUUAUCUAAUUUUAUAUUCAGUUAUAACCAUAGUAGGUUAGCGGAUAUCAGGCAGGUCUAACCCCGGUGCUGCCAUGGAACUUCUCCUUUUCUCUUGGACAAGAUAAUGCUGUGAGCGUGUCUUCCCUCAUUUCUCAAAUGCACAGUCUCUUUGGUUUCUUUUUUUGUUUUUGUUUUUUAAUUAGGACUGUUACAGGUUUCUCUAACUCACAAUUGAAAUCAGGUGUUCAUUCAACUUAGGGGAGACUUUUAAAAUUAUCAAAGCAGAGAAGAAGAAAAAAUACCCUUUCCUCAAAGUGUCUGGCUGUGAGCGUGUUGGGGAUGGAACUUGUCACCCGGAAAGUGGGUGUCCUAUAUACUGUAUAAAAGGGUGUCAACUUCACUGGGCUUUGUAGCCUCCCUUUCAGUUAUGCUGAAGUGUGUCUUACGAAGUGAACAUUGCAAGAGAUUUUGGAGAGCCAGUAGGCAAAGAUGAAGCACUCCUACCUGUGCAAGGUGCUGGGAAGGAGCCACCAGGAAAGGGGGGCAGGGGGGCUGCAGCGCUGCCCUCGAGUGGAGUUGUACACUGUGCUGUAACAUUUGAACUUUCACAAGAGAUGUAAUAAUUUUGAUAAUAAAAAUACUUAACUUGAAAAUCA